AUGUUGCCGGAGAAAACUGGAGCAAAUGUGCAGCCGACAAGGGCCCAGACAAGAAAGCCUGGACGGCUGGCAAUCCACAGAACUAUCAACAAAAGAUCAACGGAUGGCGGAACAGACCCGCCCUUCAAAGAACUGCCUAUUCUGCAAUGGGAAGCACUGGGCAACAGUCUGCUGGCAAUCCAGUACCCAGUUGAACAAAGGAGCAUAGGAAUGAAUAAGCGCUAG